AUGCCCUGGCGAAAGCCAUGGAUCGAUCUAGCCGAGCCGGAAGCUAAAAAAGGAGGAGGAGGAGAGGGUCGACAGGAUCUGCAGCGCCGAGCGUACGAGGUAUGGAUCUCUGAAAUCAUGCUGCAGCAAACGCGCGUAGAGACUGUGCGCAAGUACUGGUUGGCAUGGAUGGACAAAUGGCCUACGAUUGAGGCACUUGCGCAUGCCUCGGUUGACGACGUGCUGAGUGCAUGGCGCGGUCUGGGUUACUAUGGCCGUGCUCGUCGGAUCCACGAAGCGGCUCAAAAGGUCAUGAAUGAUUCCGAACUACAAGGACAGUUGCCCGAAUACGCCUCUGAGCUGUCUAAGCAUAUCCCUGGAGUUGGGCCCUACACUGCUGGCGCUAUUUCCUCUAUCGUGUUUGGCCACGCUACUCCUAUCCUAGAUGGCAACAUAGCUCGCGUGUUAUGCCGACAAGCUGGACUGUACGCAGAUCCUCGUGCAAAAAGUACAACUGAUUUACAAUGGGAGCUCGCACGCAUGCUGGUGGAAGCAGUGUCGCCAGACCGGCCAAGUGGCGUACCAGGACGCUGGAACCAAGGCUUGAUGGAACUGGGAAGCACGCAUUGUACCCCCACGAACCCAGGCUGCGAAACAUGCCCUAUCCAGGCUACCUGCGCAGCCUACAUUGAAGGUCAAGUGUACGAAAAAAAAGGCACCUCUAGCGCACGAGCAGAAAGAGACAUCGAGGAUCUAUGUACAAUAUGCCAACCGCUACCUGACCCUGCAGAUGCUGGUGACGACGCCGACGACCCACCACCCUCCUCCCCCCCUCGUAAGAAAAAGCUGCAGCAAAUGACCCUAAUGGGGACUACUAUGAAGACAGCGGAACCCAAAAAGGCCAGGGCAAAAAUGGCAUCGGCCAUCAAAUAUGCACAACUGUUCCCAAUGCGCAUACCCAAGCAAGCGCCACGAACAGAGCAUCGGCUGGUAUGCAUCGUUCGAACGACAGGCAAAACACCUCGGUACCUUCUCGUGAAACGGCCCGAUCAAGGAUUGCUAGCAAGUCUAUGGGAAUUUCCAACAACGACGCUCAAUCAUGAUGAAGAUAAAGACGUAUCCGCCUUGGCUAACGCCUACAUACAGACCCUGGCAAUUCCGCCGCCAACAGCGGGCGAUUCACCCUACAUGACACUGCAAGUGAACAGAAUCCAGUCCCUUGGCACAGUGCGCCAUGAAUUCAGUCAUUUGCAUUGGCUCAUGUACGCUGUGCUUGUGGAUGUGACAUGUCAUGCAGCAUCGGGAGCAUCUGACAUCGACAUCAGUCGAUUGCAGUGGCAGACAACUGGCGGGGUAGAGGCUGCUUCGAUGGGCACAGGUCUGCGGCGGUGUUGGUCUCUGGUUCCUACUGAUGAGCCAUGUCAAUAG